UAAACAAUCCUAGAUCUAUAUAAAAGGACAAAGUCUCAAGAAAAUCGCGCUGUCUUGGAAAUAAGUCAAUCAAUAUGGUUGCUGCCAAUUCAUUGACGUACUUGCUCUACUCGUUGCUGUCAUUGGCUGCUCAUGAUGAGCCAACAACCGAUCCUUCACUAAAUGCUUGGGAAAUUGUUCCUGAGCCACCGGUUACUGAAGCAUGGCCACCACAAUCCCUCGUAGCAAAAUACAAUGAAGAAAGUUGUCCUCCAGGCGAGACAUGGAGUGACUGCGAUGCUGGAUGCGAGAACACCUGCGAAAAUGCUGGAGAAGUAGUCAUUUGUCCUCGAAUUUGUAUACCCGGUUGUGUAUGUGAAAAACCAGGAGCAGUCAGAGGACCCAAUAAAAAAUGCAUCGAUCCACCACUCUGCCCAUCAGCCGCCCAGUAUCCUCCCGUUCAGCCUCUUGCUGAACAAUACCCAGACUAUCCAUAUGCAGCCAGAGUAACUAAAUAUCCUCCAACCCAGCCUUAUGCUGAACAAGACCCAGACUACUCACAUGCAGCCAGAGUAACCAAAUAUCCUCCAAUCGAACCUUAUGCUGAACAAGACCCAGACUACUCGGAUGCAGCCAGAGUAACCAACUACGGUGAAGAAAGUUGUCCUCCAGGCGAGACAUGGAGUGACUGCGAUGCUGGAUGCGAGAACACCUGCGAAAAUGCUGGUGAAGUAGUCAUUUGCCCUCGAAUUUGUGUACCCGGUUGUGUAUGUGAAGAACCAGGAGCAGUCAGAGGACCCAAUAAAAAAUGUAUCGCUCCACCACUCUGCCCAUCAGCCGCCCAGUAUCCUCCAAUCGUGCCUUAUGCUGAACAAGACCCAGACUACUCGGAUGCAGCCAGAGUAACCGACUACCCUCCAGUACAGCCUCUAGCUGAGCAAGAUCCUGACUAUUCUAGAGCUGCCCAGGAUAACGUCGAACAAUAUCCUAAAAGCAGUCAAUAUCCCAGAAGCAGUCAAUAUCCCAGAAGCAGUCAAUAUCCUGGAAGCAGUCAAUAUCCUCGAAGCAGUCAGUAUCCUCGAAGCAGUCAGUAUCCUCGAAGCAGUCAGUAUCCUCGAAGCAUUGAUCCUGAUGAUUUAGCUCAGGCUGAGCAAUAUCCCAGUGUGUCCAGAGUGGAUCCUGAUGAAUUAGCCCAAGCUGCACAAUAUCCCAGAAGCAUGCAGUAUCCAAGAGUUGACCCUGAUGAAUUAACUCAGGCUGAGCAAUAUCCCAGUGUCUCAAGAGUUGAUCCUGACGAAUUAGCUGAAGUUGAACAAUAUCCUAGUGCCUCAAGUGAUGUAAUGCGUACCGGUGGUUGUCCCAAUGGCAGAGCGUGUACAGAGCAUUGCAUUAAGGUACGUGGGAAGAGGGCUGGAUCUUGCCAAGGAUAUCAACGCCUGCAAUGUCUGUGCUAUGAUUACUGA